GGCGGGCAGCGCUGUCCCGGAGCCUGCCAGCCCCGUGCGGAUCCACUCGCCCCGCUUCCUCCGGAAGGAUCUCUCUGGGAGCCGACGCUCGAUCCUUCACGACCCGCCCGGGUUUCUGGACUCAAGAGUGACCCUGGGAGGAAGGGGAUCGCUUUCUGCGGUUGGGCUGGACGCUUCGCUGCCAAAGACGGACCUGUCGCCUUUGUUUUUAAGCCUCCAGAAAUGGAAGAAGACGGCGGAGGAGUCAGUUGAAGUCCGAAAAAAAUCCCAUCAUUUGAAGGGGCUUCGUGAAAACCUUCAUUGCCCAGCACUUUGUUUCACCAGCCCCGCCCCUCCUCGGAGCCUCGUGCGGAAUUCUUCCCCUUUUGGUGCGUGGUGGCAUUUCCCCCCCAAUGUGGACUCCACAGGAUUUGUCCCUUUGUAAUUUGAAAUGAAAUGAUGGCCACGCGUCGGACUGGUCUGCCUGAGGGAGAUGGUGACAAGCUCAAGGCUUGCGAGGUCUCAAAAAAUAAAGAUGGAAAAGAACAAAGUGAAACGAUAUCACCGUCCGAAGAUGAAACAUUCUCUUGGCCAGGUCCCAAAACAGUCAUGUUGAAAAGAACAUCUCAAGGCUUUGGUUUUACAUUAAGGCAUUUCAUUGUUUAUCCCCCAGAGUCUGCAAUUCAGUUUUCAUAUAAGGAUGAAGAAAAUGGAAACAGAGGAGGAAAACCAAGAAGCCGCUUGGAGCCAAUGGAUACCAUAUUUGUUAAACAAGUGAAGGAAGGAGGACCUGCUUUUGAAGCUGGCUUAUGCACAGGUGACCGAAUUAUAAAAGUCAAUGGAGAAAGUGUGAUUGGCAAGACCUACUCCCAAGUAAUUGCUUUAAUUCAGAACAGUGAUACAACAUUGGAACUUAGUGUUAUGCCAAAAGAUGAAGACAUUCUCCAAGUGGCCUAUUCUCAAGAUGCCUACCUGAAAGGCAACGAAGCCUACAGCGGCAAUGCCCGCAACAUACCUGAACCUCCACCCAUCUGCUAUCCCUGGCUGUCACCUGCCCCAUCAUCAGCCACGGCACAGCCAGUUGAAGUCUCUCCUCCAGACUCAUCACUGAGCAAACAACAGACCAGUGCGCCAGUCCUGGUGCAACCUGGCAGGGCCUAUAGAAUGGAAAUACAAGUGCCUCCAUCACCCACAGACGUUGCAAAGUCAAGCACAGCGGUGUGCGUUUGCAACGAAAGUGUAAGGACUGUCAUUGUGCCUUCUGAGAAGGUCGUAGAUUUGUUACCUAAUAGAAACACCCACGCAGGUCCUUCACAUAGAACUGAAGAGGUGAGGUAUGGCAUGAAUGAGCAGACCUCUCUAAAACCAGUGUCAAGAACCACGUCACCACCUUCAUCGAUGCCCACGGCCCAUCUCCUUCAUCAGGCUCCAGGCUCCAGAUCCCUGGAACCUUCCAGAAUUUUACUGAAAUCUGGAAAUUACAGUGGACAUUCAGAAGGAAUCUCAAGCAACAGAUCUCCAGCUGUGGAUUCCCCUUCCGUUUCUGUGAAUCAUUAUUCCCCAAAUUCCCAUCAGCACAUAGACUGGAAAAACUAUAAAACGUACAAAGAGUAUAUUGAUAAUAGACGAUUGCACAUAGGUUGUCGGACAAUUCAGGAAAGAUUAGAUAGUUUGAGAGCGGCAUCUCAGAACACAACAGACUAUAACCAGGUGGUGCCCAGCCGCACGACCCUGCAGGUACGACGUCGGAGCACCUCUCACGACCGAGGGCCCCAGGCCGUUCAGAUCCGGCAACGCAGCGUGUCCCAGGAAAGACUGGAGGAUUCCGUGCUGAUGAAAUACUGCCCCAGAAGCGCUUCUCAAGGAGCACUGACAUCUCCAUCUGUUAGUUUUAGUAAUCAUAGAACUCGUUCCUGGGAUUACAUUGAGGGACAGGGCGAAACUGUAGAAAAUGUCAGUUCCGAGAAUCAAAUCCCCGAUUCCAAUGGCGAGCGGAAACAGACUUACAAGUGGAGUGGAUUUACUGAGCAGGAUGAUAGGCGAGGUAUUUAUGAGAGACCCAGGCAGCAAGAGGUUCAUAAAUCUUUCCAAGGUUCAAAUUUUACCGUGGCCCCGAGUGUUGUGAAUUCCGACAGCAGGCGGAUGGCAAGUCGAGGGGUAGGUUCUGUGCCACAGUUUAAAAAAAUCCCCCCAGAUCUGAAACCCCUGCCAUCCAACAGAAAUUUACAGACUCCUUGUGGGGGAAUGUCAGUGCCUCGGGGGACGCCACAAGAGAGGUCGCCUCUUGUGAAAGUCCGAAGUAGCUCCCUGAAAGCGCCUUCCACACAUGUCACCAAACCAUCCUUCAGCCAGAACUCGUUUGUUUCUAUCAAAGACCAAAGACCAGUGAAUCACUUACAUCAAAACAGUCUUCUGAGUCAGCAGUCCUGGUUAAGGACAGAAAGUGCCCCCAGUCAGCAAGUGGGCACCGGCAAAGCCUCUCCUUUAUCUGGAGCUUCUGCUAAGCCUGCCCCUCAGAUGAGUGAGAACUCUGGCACCUCCGAUGUACAAUUAUCUGUCAGUCAAGGAAAUCAAGAUUUAAAUUUACAAGAGGCUGAAAUUCAGCAGUCAGAUGCGUUAGAUAAUAAAGACACCGUCAUCCUAAGAGAAAAACCUCCAUCUGGCCGCCAGACCCCACAGCCUUUAAGGCAUCAGUCUUACAUCUUGGCAGUCAAUGACCAGGAGCCGGGGUCAGAUGCCACCUGCUGGCUGCCCAAUGACGCUCGCCGGGAGGUCCAUAUAAAGAGAAUGGAGGAAAGGAAGGCCUCAAGUACCAGCCCGCCUGGAGACUCCUUGGCUUCCAUUCCAUUUAUAGAUGAACCAACUAGCCCCAGCAUUGAUCAUGACAUUGCACAUAUUCCUGCUUCUGCUGUUAUUUCCGCCUCUACCUCUCAGGUCCCCUCCAUAGCAACAGUUCCUCCCAGCCUCACAACUUCAGCUCCCUUAAUUCGGCGUCAACUCUCCCAUGAUCACGAAUCUAUUGGACCUCCCAGCUUGGAUGGCCAGCCCAGCUCCAAGACAGAAAGAUCAAAGUCAUAUGACGAGGGUCUGGAUGAUUAUAGGGAAGACGCAAAAUUGCCCUUUAAACACGUAUCUAGCCUGAAAGGAAUCAAGAUCACAGACAGCCAGAAGUCGUCAGAAGACUCUGGAUCCAGAAAAGAUUCUUCCUCCGAGGUUUUCAGUGAUGCUGCCAAGGAAGGGUGGCUCCAUUUCCGGCCACUUGUCACCGAUAAGGGCAAGCGAGUUGGUGGAAGUAUCCGGCCGUGGAAACAGAUGUAUGUUGUACUUCGGGGCCAUUCCCUUUACUUGUACAAAGACAAGAGAGAGCAGACGACGCCUUCCGAGGAGGAGCAGCCCAUCAGUGUGAACGCCUGCUUGAUAGACAUCUCUUACAGCGAGACCAAGAGGAAAAAUGUCUUCCGCCUCACCACGUCCGACUGCGAGUGCCUGUUCCAGGCUGAGGACAGAGAUGACAUGUUGGCCUGGAUCAAGACCAUCCAGGAGAGCAGCACCCUAAAUGAAGAGGACACUGGAGUUACUAACAGGGAUCUGAUUAGUCGAAGAAUAAAAGAAUAUAACAGUCUGAUGAGCAGCAAAGCAGAACAAUUGCCAAAAACUCCUCGCCAGAGUCUCAGCAUCAGGCAGACUUUGCUUGGUGCUAAAUCAGAGCCAAAGACUCAAAGCCCACACUCUCCGAAGGAAGAGUCAGAAAGGAAACUUCUCAGUAAAGAUGAUACCAGUCCCCCAAAAGACAAAGGCACAUGGAGAAAAGGCAUCCCAAGUAUUAUGAGAAAAACAUUUGAGAAAAAGCCUACCGCGACGGGGACGUUUGGUGUUCGACUGGACGAUUGCCCACCAGCUCACACUAAUCGGUAUAUUCCACUAAUAGUUGAUAUAUGUUGCAAAUUAGUUGAAGAAAGAGGUCUUGAAUAUACAGGUAUUUAUAGAGUUCCUGGAAAUAACGCAGCCAUCUCCAGUAUGCAAGAAGAACUCAACAAGGGAAUGGCUGACAUUGAUAUACAAGAUGAUAAAUGGCGAGAUUUGAAUGUGAUAAGCAGUUUACUAAAAUCCUUCUUCAGGAAACUCCCUGAGCCUCUCUUCACAAAUGAUAAAUAUGCCGAUUUUAUUGAAGCCAAUCGUAAAGAAGAUCCUCUAGAUCGUCUGAAAACAUUAAAAAGACUAAUUCAUGAUUUGCCUGAACAUCAUUACGAAACACUGAAGUUUCUGUCGGCUCAUCUAAAGACGGUGGCAGAAAAUUCAGAAAAAAAUAAGAUGGAACCAAGAAAUCUAGCAAUAGUGUUUGGUCCAACUCUUGUGCGGACAUCAGAAGACAACAUGACCCACAUGGUCACGCACAUGCCCGACCAGUACAAGAUCGUAGAGACGCUGAUCCAGCACCAUGACUGGUUUUUCACAGAAGAAGGUGCCGAAGAACCUCUUACCACAGUGCAGGAAGAAAACACUGUAGACUCCCAGCCAGUGCCCAACAUAGAUCAUUUACUCACCAACAUUGGAAGGACAGGCGUGUCACCGGGAGAUGUAUCAGAUUCAGCUACAAGUGACUCAACAAAAUCUAAGGGUUCUUGGGGCUCUGGAAAGGAUCAGUACAGCAGGGAACUGCUGGUUUCCUCCAUCUUCGCAGCCGCCAGUCGUAAGAGGAAAAAGCCAAAAGAAAAAGCCCAGCCCAGCAGCUCGGAAGACGAGCUGGACAAUGUGUUUUUUAGGAAGGAAAACGUGGAGCAGUGUCACAACGAUAUUAAAGAAGAGUCCAAAAAAGAAAGCGAGACACCGGGCAGAAAGCAGAGGACCAUCACUGCCAAAGACAACACCGCCAGGAAAGACCCGGGCGCGGCAAAAGACGAAAAGACAGCUCUCCAAAAGGAGAGCGCGGCCCCCGAAGAGCCCGCGGCCCCGCACCAUCCCAAACAGAACAAGUCACCGACCCUCAGCUGUCGCCUGGCCAUCCUGAAGGAGGGCCCCAAGUCGCUGCUGACACAGAAGUCCUCGCACUUUGAAGAGACAGGGUCUGACUCGGGCACUUUGCUCAGCACAUCUUCCCAGGCGUCGCUGGCCAGGUUUCCCACGAAGAAAUCAACCAGUCCAGAAAUGAAGCACAGCGAGUUUUUGGCCAACACGGGCACCAUCACUUCGGAUUACUCCACGACAUCGUCCACCACUUACCUGACCAGCCUGGAUUCCAGCCGGCUGAGCCCCGAGGUGCAGUCGGUGGCAGAGAGCAAAGGGGACGAGGCCGACGACGAGAGGAGCGAGCUGGUCAGCGAAGGGCGGCCGGUGGAGACGGACAGCGAGAGCGAGUUCCCCGUGUUCCCCUCGGCUUUGACCUCAGAGAGGCUUUUCCGAGGGAAACUGCAGGAGGCCGCUAAGCUGAGCCGGAGGAAUUCUGAGGGCAGCGAAGUGAGUGGCACCGAGGGGAGUCUGACCCCGAGCUUGGACAGCCGGAGGCAGCUCUUCAGUUCCCAUAAACUCAUCGAAUGCGACACGCUGUCCAGGAAAAAAUCCUCCCGAUUCAAGUCAGACAGCGGAAGCCUAGGGGACGCCAAGAGCGAGAGAGAAACCCCUUCCAUCUCUAAAGUGUUUGACGUGAUGAAGAAGGGAAAGUCCACUGGGAGUUUGCUCACCCCGACCAGGAGUGAAUCCGAAAAACAGGAGCCCACCUGGAAAACUAAAAUAGCGGAUCGGUUAAAACUGAGGCCCAGAGCACCUGCGGACGAUAUGUUUGGAGUAGCAAAUCAAAAAGCGAACGCUGAGACCGCGAAAAGGAAAAACAUCAAACGGAGACACACGCUAGGGGGGCACAGGGAUGCCACCGAGAUCAGCGUUUUGAAUUUUUGGAAAGCGCAGGAACAGGGUGGGGAGAGGGAAUCUGAACUUUCCGCUGUGAAUCGGUUGAAACCCAAGUGCUCAGCCCAGGACCUCUCCAUCUCAGACUGGCUCGCCAGGGAACGCCUCCGCACCAGCACGUCCGACCUGAGCCGGGGGGACGCCGGGGACCCCCAGCUGGAGAGCCCGAGGGUUCUGGAGAGACCCACGACUGACACACCUUUGUCUUUUCAGUCCGACACAGGCAGUUCUUCCAGUACCGUGGCUUCCACGAACAGGCCCCUUCUUUCUGCACCCCCACAGUCAUCUGACCAAAUAAACGGAGAAAGCUUCCAGAACAUGAGCCAGAUCGCUAGUUCUGCAGCCAAUACCCAACCUCAUAAACUGUCUGAAACCCCAGGUCAUAAAGCACAGUUUCAUCCCUGUCUUUAAGCCCGGGGUAUGUCCAGUAUAGCAAAUAAAAAGCUACUGUUACGCGUUCUGAUAACUCUGUAAAUAUUUUCUUGUACCAGAAUUGUUAUUAUGCAGCCCUCAUUUGGGCUGGUUUCAUCACCUUGCACUGUGGAAUAGCUUUACAGUGCAUUACACAGCCAGAAGAACAUAUAUAUGUAUAUAUAUAAAAAUAUAUAUAUUUAAAAAUAUAUUGGAUAGUUGUAUACAAAUGAGCAAGGGAUUUGUUGCAACUUACAACAUAGUAUAUACCCCAACUUACUGAGGAAAAUCGCUGGCAUUAGUGUGCAGGAAAUGUGUUCUUUUGGUUUCAUCACUAACAGAAGUGCCUCAUCAUAAAAAUACAUUUGGUUUUUAGGGUGCCAUAUUGUUAUAAUUAGAUAACUCACAUUGAAUACACGAAUGCAUUUUAUUGGUAACAAAUAUCACUACAUUUUACCGGUUUUAACACAGGUGGAUACUGCACCUCCAUUCUUCAGUCAUUCCAGGUGGAUCUGAGUUUUAUAUUCCAACUUUUAAUACAGUUUUUGAGUUUUUGUGUGACUUGAAUUUUUAAUCUUUCUGUAAAAUACAUAACUUAAAUGAACAUAUUAAAUGUGUAUCUUUUCUUCAGAUACCAGAUUUGAUAUAAAUGUUGUAACAUAGGUGUGUAGAUAGUGGAUCCUGGAUGGAACUGGCUUCUUUAUGGGGAAGAAUAUAAUUCUGCAUGAGGACUAAAUGAAUCCAAACCCGUGUCAUGCCUGUGUGCAUACCCAAUUAAACACUGGAAAUAAAAAUUGUUUGGUGAA